GUUCACUUGGUCGAAAGCGAAGGGGCGGAGAGGGGAUUGAGCGCAGCUGCAUUCCUGACACAGAGGCUCGCGAGGCGCUUGAUGAUUAUUACUAAAACCCGCUGUCACUCUCUAGCAGCUCUGCUCGUGUGCGCGUGCUGUGCAGUGAAAGUCUUCACGCGCUUGUUGAGGCAGUGCUGCUUUCUUCCAAGUUUUGGACACGCUUUUAACAUCCGGACUCGGAGUUUGCUCGUCGCUUUUACUGGGAGUCUAGUCAAUCUGUCUGCCCUGGAGCGAGCUCCGCAGGGAACAUGUACAAAUAUGUACAGUAUGGAUUUUAGGAGGACGAAACUCGGAAGGUUUAUGAACAACCGAGUCCCAUCUAGCAAGAGAUACCAGCCAACUGAGUAUGAGCAUGCAGCCAACUGUGCCACUCAUGGAUUCUGGAUCAUUCCCAGUAUCCUGGGAAGCUCGGUGCUGUACUUCCUCUCUGAUGACCAGUGGGAGACCAUCUCUGCAUGGAUGUAUGGGACAGGUCUGUCAGGGCUGUUCAUCAUGUCCACCAUGUUCCACACGGUGUCCUGGAAGAAAAGUCAUCUCAGGAAGGUGGAGCAGCGAUUCCACAUGUGCGACAGGAUGGUGAUAUAUUUCUUUAUAGCUGCAUCUUAUGCACCCUGGCUGAACCUGAGGGAACUCGGACCCUGGGCUGUGCACAUGCGCUGGUUGGUGUGGAUCAUGGCUUGCGCUGGCUCUGCCUAUGUCUUCUUCUUUCAUGAGAAGAACAAGGUACUAGACUUACUGUGCUACACCGCCAUGGGAGCUGUUCCUGCAGUUGUUCUUCUGUCAAUGCCUAACAGAGAGGGAAUAUUAGAGCUUUCAGUGGGCGGAGUCUUCUACUGCCUGGGAAUUGUCUUCUUCAAGAGUGAUGGCCUCAUCCCAUUCGCUCAUGCCAUCUGGCACGUCUUUGUGGCAGUGGGGGCAGGCGUACACUAUUACGCCAUCUGGAGGUACUUGUAUGCAACGGGGACCGGCCAAAUCAAAAUCUCCAGGUGACAGAUGAAGAUCUCAAGCAUGUUCACACAUACAGGGUUUGUUGAGCUAUAAAAGACAAUGUAUCUGACCAUGAGCUGCCUUUGCAUCCCUCUAUAUUAAUCAUAGACGGGCAUGUUUUAGUACUGUUGGUCUAAAAUGUAUUUUUAUAUAGAAGGAUUUCUGUCCUGAUAACUCAGCACCUUCUGGCCAGUCUAUUUUUGCAGAUGUAGU